GCGCCCGCCGCCGCCGCCGCGCCCCCCGGGCCGCCGCCGCACCACGACCCGCACUCGGACGAGGACACGCCGACCUCGGACGACCUGGAGCAGUUCGCCAAGCAGUUCAAGCAGCGGCGCAUCAAACUGGGAUUUACCCAAGCGGACGUGGGGCUGGCGCUGGGCACCCUCUACGGCAACGUCUUCUCGCAGACCACCAUCUGCCGCUUCGAGGCCCUGCAGCUCAGCUUCAAGAACAUGUGCAAGCUGAAGCCUUUGUUGAACAAGUGGUUGGAGGAGGCGGACUCCUCCUCGGGCAGCCCCACCAGCAUAGACAAGAUCGCGGCGCAGGGCCGCAAGCGGAAAAAGCGCACCUCCAUCGAGGUGAGCGUCAAGGGCGCGCUGGAGAGCCACUUCCUCAAGUGCCCCAAGCCCUCCGCCCAGGAGAUCACCUCGCUCGCGGACAGCCUACAGCUGGAGAAGGAGGUGGUGAGAGUGUGGUUUUGUAACAGGAGACAGAAAGAGAAGCGCAUGACUCCCCCGGGAGGGACGCUGCCGGGCGCCGAGGACGUGUACGGGGCCAGCAGGGACACGCCGCCGCACCACGGGGUGCAGACCCCCGUGCAGUGAACUCGCGGCGGGGGCGCCCGGCCCCUCCUCCUUUCCUCCUCCUCUCCUCCUCCUCCUCCUCUCCUCCUUCCCCCAACUUUUGAUUGUCCUCCUUUUUGGCCUUUUUGUUUUUCUUUUUUUUUUUUUUAAAUCAUUAUUUUCUCCUAUCUUU